UAUACUCCAGCACCGGAGAGCCAGAUCAGAGACCUCAACAAGACCCAACAGUUACUGCAAGUCGAAGCCCACUUCUAAGCAAGGCACUGCAAUGCUCACGCUCUCAGCACCAGUCCAGUCAGUUUAAAGUGAGCGGUGGAUUGAACCGGUCGUCGCAGCAAAACACGCGAUCAGCACUGAUCGAGGCGUCGAUGGUUUGCUCGGUGCGUACCAUUGUAGAGCAACACCUGAAGAAAGUGACUCAUACUCGCAUUUCCACUUGCUGUGCCAGCCGUGCAGACACGGGCAAAACUGCACUGAUAGAGAGCAAAAGACAUAAUAUGUUGUGCAACACUGGCAUCGAUAUCAUAAUAUUUUUCACCGUUCGGAAUGCGAUGUGAAUCGUACGAAAUCCGCGAAAAAUAUCGACAAAAACGGUGCGAGAAUGCGAUCCAUGAGUCACACGGCUGGAGUUUUGGCGAUCGUCAUCAUCGUUACGGUACUUGAUCAAGCUGCGGCGGUCAAUUUGGUUGCAUACAUCUCACAGUUUGGCCUGCAUGGCGAGAUCUCAUUCUCACAAUUCUCGGACUGGCAGGUCCAGAUAAGUUCGGAUUUGGAAACAACGCUUCAAUACCCCGAUCAAGCGUGGAGCUGGGGCGUGUAUCAGCUGCCGGUGGACUACACGAUCGUCGAUGGUCGCGAAAGGUGUGACGUGAAACAACUUGGAGAACAGUUGUGGUCGUUCGACGAUGACUUGGGUUUUUUGACGUUGCCCGGGAACGAAUCUGUGUCAUGGUUGAACGAUAUUCCACUGACGGGCGAAAAGGGCCUGUGGGGUAAGUCGCUGAUGCUGUUCGAUCCGAAUAAUGGGUUCAGAGUUUGUGCUACGAUCACGACCCGGGAUGGUUCGCAGGAUCAUAUUGCAGAGGCGAGAUUCAGUAGCCCCAUAACGGGAUCGAUCUAUUUCCGAUGGUUGGCUGCCAAAGAGACGCACCAUUCGGAUACGUUGAUCUAUUCAAAUCUCUUCCAUAUUAGGGAACAGUCCAGAAAACUAAACAAUCCACCUUUUACUGAGCAUUCGUGGAAAAUAUAUGUGACGGACAUAUUAGAGAAUGACAAUGCAGAGGAGAACUGCAAUAAACUCCAGUUGGUGUUUGACCCACAGGUUCAAGGAGCUGGCAAAGCAAUUGGUGACAUCGAUGUACGCCUUGGCAAUCUAAAAAUUACUACAAACUCUCAAAAGAGUAAGAUUCCUCAGUUGUUUAAUGAUCGGGACUUGGUUCUGCUGCCUAGCGAUCUCUAUGGACCGUCUCGGAAACUCUACGUAGUUAUCUUCGAUCCUGUUCACCCUGACACGUUCCUCGCUUGUUCAAAGAUUCGCCAUCUUAAGGCAAAGUCUGCCCGAGCCUUGGUCAACGGCCAGGGAAUGCGCGGGGAAAUUCGAUUCUUCCAACGAUCACGCUUUGAACCAACCUGGGUCAAUGCCUCUUUCGCUUCAGUUACCAACAACCUCGAGGAUAACGUCAACUAUGCCAAAGAUGUCGCUAGUUUUAAGAUCAACCAGUUACCUCUCCAGUCCUACUCGGCCAACAAGGAUUCAUUCUGUUUAACAUCCGGACCGGUUUUCAACCCAGUCAAUAUCGAACCCCAAAGCAUUCCGCCGCCCGGAUUUGGAACACAGGAUCAAUAUCCGGUCGGUGACCUCACCGGCAAGCUCACCAAUCGCAACAAAAGAGAAACCCAUCGAAUGUUUCUCCCGGGAACCAGCGCUGAACUCAGUGGAUUUUUCUGGGAUGCUUUCCUUCCGCUGCAGGGAAGGCACAGCGUGAUUUUCCGAAGUUUCAGCGUUCAACGCUUUAACCGCACCGAUCCAAACAACAUCACACAUACCCCUUGGGCAUGCGGGCCCGUGACACUCUACGAAAUCAGCCGCCCUUACCAAAUUCCCAUCAUCACGGCUCAGGUUCUGUUCCGAUAUCCCAUCGUUGGAAGAAUACUGUUCAGACAGGUGAAGGAUGAGUUCUGGAGUGACACGGCCGUGAUCUUCGAGUACCUAAUCCACGCCGAUGGUUCAAAUGUUAACAACACAGCCGAACACCGGUGGACCAUUACGGACCAUCCUCCGGGGAAGGACUUUUACGAUUGGCAGAAUCGAUGUGUUAGCUCGGGCGGAAUCUUCAACCCGCAAAAGGUUUCGGUAGGAAUGUCAGAUUGGGAGCAACGAUGUACUUCCUCUUCACCCGAGCUUUGUCGGCUAGGAGAUCUUUCAAAUCGAUUGGGGAUGCUGGGAAUUGCAGGUCGAAAAGCCGAAGCCGAGCGAGUCAGUCGAAAGAUGUUCGUCGAUCAGAAUCUUCCGUUGAGCGGAUUCGCGAGUAUCAUUGGGCGAUCAAUUGUGAUUUACGAUGAUCAUGGACCCAAAGCUAGGGGAGAACGGCUGGCUUGUUCGAUAAUUGGGGGCUACCACCGCAGAAAAGUGGUCGCACGGGACUGGUAUUCCAACGGAGAUCCAUUGACAAUUAAAGGAAAGCUGGAGAUGUUGCAACAAUCGGAAUACGACAUGACAAAUGUCGAAGUGGAUUUCAAGGGAUUGGUGGAAAACAGUGGCUACCACGUGCAUAUUGCUCCAGUUGAAGGCGAUCUGCAGUUUCCGUGUGAAGAUUCUACCGUCUACGGUCAUUGGAACCCACGGUCCAUAAACCCAAAGCUUUCGCCACCACCAGCACAGGGAAGCACCGAUGAAUACGAAUUAGGUGAUCUUAGCGGAAAGUUCGGCACCCUGGACGGUGUCUCCAUGUACGAACAGGCCUACAACGACACACGGCUACCGCUUUACGGAUAUGAAAGUAUCAUCGGACGCUCGAUUGUGGUUCACAAGAAGGAGAAAAAUCGUCGCUGGGCGUGCAGCACGCUUGAACGAGGUUACAGCCCUAGUGAAGCGCGGGAGAUUCGAGCCAUAGCAUCAUUCCAUCACCCGGCCGGGUAUGCCUACGGCUUCAUCCGAAUGACGCAGCUUAUUGGAAAUGAUGGCAGUCAGAGUGACACAAUUAUCGAAGUGAACCUCAGAUAUCCAGGGAAACACGAUCGAAACAUGACAUCCAAUCACAAUUGGCACAUUUGGGUGAAUCCGGUUGGGGUAGAUGCCACGGUUAAACAAGUAGAGACGCGUUGUGUUGCGGCAGGAUACGUGUGGAACCCGUACUACACGCAGCUGGCAGAUCCGUUAAAUCAAGAUUUGUAUCGCCAAGAAUGCGGUCCGGAUAACCCCUUACGAUGCUACGUGGGUGAUGUAUCCACUCGAUUGGGCCCCAUCGACAUCGGCGGUCGUCGGAUGGUGUUCGCCGAUAGUAAUUUUCCUCUGGAAGGCACGGUGAGUGCGCUUGGAAGAGCGAUCGUCAUUUUCGGGCCCGACUUCUCCCGGGAUCGUUUCGCUUGCGCAAAGAUUGAACCCGAUCACGACAUCGUUAAGUACAUCAAUCUUAAAAAACCACCGCGAUUUGUGGUGACGCAAUUUCUGGAAGAUGUUCGAGCAGUGAUGGGACUCCCCGAGUGGAUGUUGGCGAUCGAUUCCCGAAGCAUUAAGACGCUGCACAACGAUGCGUGCGUUCAAAUGAUCAUUCAUUUUAAGGGCCCCAGCGCGUUCCAAAUAGAGCAAGACUUUUCACGACUUUUGGCUAGUGGAAGGCUCGACAACCCUUCUGUUUUCGUUCCGGGAUAUGUGAAUCCAAAACGGAAGAAGACAUUGUCCUAUCGUACAUGUGGGGUACGUGAUCCUAAUGAUAAGGACAAUCGGAAAGGGUUCUUCAGCAGAAGUGGGUGCGGAGCUGUUCAAUACUCAAUAGGUUUAUUCAUACUCGCACUUUUCAUUGGUCGUUUGAUCUAGAAAUGCAAUACAAAAAAUAUGUUUUGAAGAUUUAUGUAAUUAUUUUACAAAUAUUCUGAUGACAGAAUGACAGACAGUAUGCACAUAUAAAAAAAUAGUUAUAAUAAACAUAAUACCUUACCAGAA